AUGCCUCAUAUCCUGAUGCUGCAGCACAACCAACAUCUCUCUCUUCUCUCUGCAGCCUGCCCAGCUGGGACAUUCAAAGCCAGUCAGGGUGCAGGGCUGUGUGCCCCGUGUCCCCCCAACAGCCGCUCCAGUGCUGAGGCCUCACCGCUCUGCGCCUGUCGCAAUGGCUACUUUCGGGCUGACCUGGACCCACCGACAGCUGCCUGCACCAGCGUCCCCUCCGGUCCACGCAACGUCAUCUCCAUUGUCAACGAGACCUCCAUCAUCCUGGAGUGGAACCCACCGCGGGAGACGGGAGGCCGGGAUGAUGUCACUUACAACAUCGUCUGCAAGAAGUGCCGGGCGGACCGGCGUGCCUGCUCCCGCUGUGACGACAACGUGGACUUUGUGCCCCGACAGCUGGGGCUGACAGAGACCCGUGUCUUCAUCAGCAGCCUCUGGGCACACACGCCCUACACCUUUGAGAUCCAGGCGGUCAACGGGGUUUCCAACAAGAGCCCCUUCCCACCCCAGCAUGUCUCUGUGAACAUCACCACCAACCAAGCUGCACCCUCCACUGUCCCCAUCAUGCACCAGGUGAGUGCCACCAUGAGGAGCAUCACGCUGUCCUGGCCACAGCCGGAGCAGCCCAAUGGCAUCAUCCUAGACUACGAACUGCGCUAUUACGAGAAGCUGAGCCGCAUCUGCACGCCUGACGUCAGCGGCGCUGUGGGCUCCAGACCGGCAGCGGACCACAACGAGUACAAUUCCUCCAUGGCCCGCAGUCAGACCAACACGGCCCGGCUGGAGGGGCUGCGCCCCGGCAUGGUGUACGUGGUGCAAGUGAGAGCGAGGACGGUGGCUGGCUAUGGGAAGUACAGUGGGAAGAUGUGCUUCCAGACACUGACUGAUGAUGACUACAAGUCUGAGCUGAGGGAGCAGCUGCCAUUGAUUGCGGGGUCUGCAGCGGCCGGCGUGGUCUUCAUCGUCUCACUGGUGGCCAUUUCCAUAGUCUGCAGCAGGAAGCGAGCGUACAGCAAGGAGGCGGUGUACAGCGAUAAGCUGCAGCACUACAGCACUGGGAGAGGGUCCCCAGGAAUGAAGAUUUACAUUGACCCCUUCACUUAUGAGGACCCCAAUGAGGCAGUGCGUGAGUUCGCCAAGGAGAUUGACGUCUCCUUUGUGAAGAUUGAAGAGGUCAUUGGAGCAGGGGAGUUUGGAGAGGUGUACAAAGGCCGCCUGAAGUUGCCUGGCAAGCGGGAGAUCUACGUGGCCAUCAAAACACUGAAGGCUGGCUACUCAGAGAAGCAGCGUCGGGAUUUCCUGAGCGAAGCCAGCAUCAUGGGGCAGUUUGACCACCCCAACAUCAUCCGGCUGGAAGGGGUGGUGACCAAGAGCCGACCAGUCAUGAUUAUCACAGAGUUCAUGGAGAAUGGGGCCCUGGACUCGUUCCUGCGGCAAAAUGACGGGCAGUUCACGGUGAUCCAGCUGGUGGGGAUGCUCAGAGGGAUUGCUGCUGGGAUGAAGUACCUGGCAGAGAUGAACUAUGUCCACAGGGAUCUGGCGGCCAGGAACAUUCUUGUCAACAGCAACCUGGUGUGCAAAGUGUCAGACUUUGGCCUCUCACGCUACCUGCAGGACGACACGUCUGAUCCCACCUACACCAGUUCCUUGGGUGGGAAGAUCCCUGUGCGAUGGACAGCACCGGAGGCGAUUGCGUAUCGCAAGUUCACGUCAGCCAGUGAUGUCUGGAGCUAUGGCAUCGUCAUGUGGGAGGUGAUGUCGUUUGGGGAGAGGCCCUACUGGGACAUGUCCAACCAGGACGUCAUCAAUGCCAUCGAGCAGGACUACCGGCUCCCGCCGCCCAUGGACUGCCCGGCUGCUCUGCACCAGCUGAUGCUGGACUGCUGGCAGAAGGACCGCAACACCCGGCCUCGCUUCGCCGAGAUUGUCAACACCCUCGACAAGAUGAUCCGCAACCCGGCAAGCCUCAAAACUGUGGCUACCAUCACCGCUGUGCCUUCUCAGCCCCUCCUCGACCGCUCUAUCCCUGAUUUCACUGCCUUUACCUCAGUAGAAGACUGGCUGAGCGCCGUCAAGAUGAGCCAGUAUAGAGACAACUUCCUGAGCGCUGGAUUCACCUCCCUCCAGCUGGUUGCCCAGAUGACAUCUGAAGACCUCUUGAGAAUAGGAGUAACUCUGGCUGGGCACCAGAAGAAGAUCCUGAACAGCAUCCAGUCCAUGCGCGUGCAGAUGAGUCAGUCUCCGACCUCGAUGGCGUGACGUCCCUCGCUCGACGGGGAGGGAACGGGGAGGGCAGGCAGCGGAGGUGGGAGGGAGGAACUGAUGGGAGCCGUGGGGCCACAGCUGGAGAGGGGCAGCCACGGCCAGACCGCGGAGGACGUUCCUGGGACUCGCCUUGGCCUGGUGACUUCCAUCCCUCACCAACAGAAGCACACUUACCGAUGUCACGGGGGACAGCAUAUAAAUAAGUAUAAAUAUGUACAAAUCAUAUAUUUAAAAAAAUGAAAAAAAACAAAAAAAAAAAACCAACA